UUUGCUAUAAAAAUGAAAUUGUUAUUACAGAAAGAUUUUUUCUUUGAAUACGUCUUUAUAAAAUAUUUUAGCUUUAUUUAAGGAAUUCAAAUCACACCUAUUCAAGUUUUCGACUUGAAAGUUAAAAUUUGAAUUACAUACAUUUGCGUGCGUAAAUGUAUACAUCAAACGCCAGCGGUCGAAAACACGACGGAGAAACAUCCAAAAAAAAGUAAGCUGUUAUCUAGUUUCAUCAUUAAUUCCACAAACCCACAAGCAUUUUCAAUCAUUGAGUAUUGCGGAGGUAAGAUGGAUUCAACAAAAAGAGAGAAAACGCAAAGAUUUCAUGAAGUUUUAAAUGGAGACCAAGAAGUACUCCCUGGUCGAGAAAUGUUACAGAUAAAAAAAGAAAAGAAAAACAAAGUUCACAUACAAGAAGAAACCAAAGAACUUUUCCAACUCUUCGAUGUAGACAGUGAUGGGAGAAUUUCUGCAAAUGAUUUACAUGCGGUAAUAGCAAGUGUCGGAAAAGGUAUAUCAUUGGAAGAUGUGAAGGAAAUUAUUGAUUGCCUUGAUGGAAAUGGUGAUGGGCACAUUACUUUCGCAGAAUUUGUAAAUUUUAUCGAAGAUGAUUUAAAACACAAAACUGCUGUUGAGGAUUUAAAAGAUGCUUUUGACGUCUUCGAUGCAAACAAAGAUGGCUUUAUAACUCCUGAAGAAAUUCAAACGUUGUUUACUAAAUUAGGGGAUGCAGUCAGUUAUGAAGAAGCUACAGAGAUCCUCUCCAGUGGAGACUUUGAUCAAGACGGAUUAAUCGAUUUUGAAGAUUUCAAACGUUUCUCACUUCAAUUUCUGCACGAUGUAAAAUCGCAAGAAGACAAUCAACACUGAGUUUAUGAUGUUUGAUUGGACAACUACUCACAGAAUUGAUACUUCGCACCUUCCCUCUUUGCUGUUGCAGAUGUAGAAAGAAAACAAAACGCACUAGUCUAGAAAAUCAAUUUUAAACCUAUUGACAUUUCUAAUGGAGUAGUGUGGAGUAGUUAUUGAAUAUUUCUUUCUUAUCUUAGGGGGAAGCUUAUUUACAUAAGAAGCAACGUAUAAGCUCCGUCCAUUCGCAGUGUAGGAUUAGAAUUUGCAUCUCACACUGUGACUAUAUCUUUCCCUA